AUGGGCCGCUACUCGAGCCAGAUGGCGCACUUUCCCGACGCGGAGGCAACGGGGGGGUUGGGUCGAAGAGCGGGUUUGGCAACAGAUGCCAAGGUGGUGGGCUGUGCAAAGUAUGAUCAGCAGCAAGCUCCAGCUGAGAAUUGGACUGCUGUCCCUGGUGACCCAACCACUCCUGGCCCUUCCCAGUUCGAUGCCAUGCUGCGGGCCUCAGGAUUCCUGAAUGCCAAGCCCAUUGUUGCCACGGGGGUGACUGGCAAUGACUUCUACACUGUGGCACCAUUUCAGGUCCUGUCUUGGCAUCCCCGCACAGUGCUGUACCCCAGCUUCAUCGAUCGGGAGCGCUGUGAGCAUGUGAUCCGCAUGGCAGAGAGGAAGCUGGCACCAUCGACGGUGGCCAUGCGCAAGGGAGACACCAGGGCUGACCCCAACAGCGUGCGCACCAGCCAAGGCACCUUCCUGGAUGCAGCGGACGACCCCGAUGGGGUGCUCGCUUGGGUGGAGGAACGCAUCGCACAGGUCACAAUGUUCCCGGUGCAGAACGGGGAGCCCUUCAACGUCCUAAGGUACGUCCUAAACCAGCGCUACGAGUCGCACUACGACGUCUUCGACCCCGAGGGCUACGGCCCGCAGAGCAGCAUGCGGGUGGCCACGAUGCUGGUCUACCUCUCGGACGUGGAGGAGGGCGGCGAGACCGUGCUGCCUUUGGAGGGCGUCGAUGGCCUCGAGCGCCUGCAGGGCAUCGACUACAAGGACUGCGGCAUCGGCCUGGCGUACAAGCCGCGGAUGGGCGACGCGCUGCUGUUCUACUCGGUCGGCACCAACGGCACGUUCGAGAGGCGGUCGCUGCACGGCGGCUGCCCGGUGUCCAGGGGCCAGAAGUGGGUGAUGACGAAGUGGAUCCGUGACAAGUGCUACGGGGGCAGGUCGUCGCCGUGCGCGGACGAAGUGUGA